AUGGUGAACCUGGACGAACUAUCGAUUGUCGAGACGUCCGUUGCAGACCUCUUGUCCGCAUUGUCAUCAGGAGAGAUCACCUCAGUGGAGCUCGUGGCCAAAUACCUGCACCGGAUCGCAACGUACGACUGGAAUGGCAUCUCGCUCAACUCUGUUCCUUUACUCAAUCCAAAGGUGUUUGAUGAGGCAGCUGCAUCGGAUGAACGUCGAGCCUCAGGACAAGCGGCUCGUCCACUAGAAGGCAUUCCGUUUACAGUCAAGGACAAUUUCGGGGUGGCGGGGAUGACUGCAGCGGCAGGCUCGCCGGCUUUUGUGAAUCUAAAACCCCAAAAUGAUGCCUUUGUCGUCGAGCGUCUCCGUGCAGCAGGUGCCGUCUUGCUAGGGAGGACGAACAUGCCUCCAAUGGCGGCAGGUGGCAUGCAACGAGGAGUCUACGGUCGCGCUGAGAGCCCCUACAAUAUGGACUACCUCACCGCAGCGUUCUCUUCGGGAUCUUCGAAUGGUUGUGGCACGUCAACCGCCGCCAGCUUUGCAGCAUUCGGACUUGGGUCAGAAACCGUUUCGUCAGGUCGGUCUCCCGCUUCCAACAAUGGUUUGGUGGCCUAUACACCGUCCCGUGGUCUCAUUUCGUGCCGCGGCUUGUGGCCGCUUUACGCGACAUGUGAUGUGGUGGUCCCUUAUGCCCGAUGUAUGGACGAUCUUUUCAGAAUUCUUGACGUGGUUGUUGCUGUCGACUCCUCGGUGGAAGGGGAUUUCUGGCGGUACCAAGAUGCGGUCAAAUUACCACUAAUCUGCUCGGUUCGCCCGAGCCCUCUGCAGAUGCAGUCGCCACUCCAAGGCAAACGCAUCGGGGUGCCGAGUAUGUUCAUCGCCGCCGACGACCAAGGACCAAAAGCACACCGUCUCCGCCCGUCGAUCGCUGCGCUUUGGAAACAAGCCAAGAGCGAUCUCGAAACGUUGGGAGCCUGUGUAGUCGCCACGGGGUUUCCAGCCUUGACUAACUAUGAAGGCAACACCUCUGCCGACAUGCCUACGAACGUCGACGGCUGUCCGCCGGAAUGGUUUUCCAUCGAACGGAAGGAACUGCUUGCACUCACGUGGGAGCGGUUUCUGCACUGGGCAGAUGAUCCAAACUUUCCCACCUUGGGCAGCGUGGAUGGCCACCUCAUAUUUCCCAAGCCAAAUGGGUAUGUGCCAGAUCGCUUCAUGGAUCCACGCAUGCAUCUGCCGUAUCCUGAAAUUGUCCGCAUGGUUCAAGAAGGUCGUCUGGAAGAACUCGUCUCCGAUGUGACCAUGAAAAAGGCGUUGAUAGCACUCGAAGCACAACGCAAACGGGACUUUGAAGAUUGGAUGGAUCAACAAGGCCUUGACCUGGUCGUCUUCCCAGCGAACAGCGAUGUUGGCCGUGCCGAUCUCGAGACCGAUGAAGAAAGUGCUCGACACGCUCUUGGAAGCGGGGUGAGAUUCUCCCAUGGCAACCGAAUCAUUCGUCAUUUGGGGAUUCCCAGCAUCAGCAUCUGCAUGGGGGUGAUGGACGAUACUCAAAUGCCCGUCAAUCUGACCUUCAUUGGAAAGGCAUAUCAGGACCAACAACUUCUCGCCUAUGCACAUGCCUACGAAGCCUACAGUCGCAGGCGGUCAGCUCCAACGCUCACUCCGCCACUGUCGUCCGACAGCCUCCACGUCGACAAAGCGGCUGCAGGGCCGUCGGGCCCAAACGUAACUUCGACUGGCCAUGGAGGUCGAUUGAAAGUGACCGCCGUUGAGCGAUGCGAAGGUGAAAAUGGAGGCGUAGCACUCCACAUCGCCGGGGCCAUACAACCUGCUCUACAACGUUGUACAAUAGAGAUUUACAUUGAUGGCAACCGCGUCGAUGAAGGUGAUCUGUGGGCGGAUUCGGAAGGCUCCUGGCAGACCAUCAUACCAUCUCUGCCGACCCGGACGCAGGCCAGCUGCUCUGAGGGGCCUUACAACAAUCCCACUUCUCAGCAAAUGGUGGUAGUGAUCGCGAUGCCAGAAGGGGCAAGACCAUGUGCCGGUUUAGUCCUCCUCGAUAGGGAUUGA